GUUCCACUAGAUGCCAGACUGAACCUUUAACCCUUUUUUGGAGGUGGCUGUCAAUAUCCCGCGCUGCCAAGACGGAAAUCCCUACACCCCCCACACAGACAGCGUGACACUAUACCGUGAGUGUGGAAGUGUUUACAUGUUCAUGCCGACGAUAGGCAGAUGUAUUUCACAUUUUGAUUGAUUCUGACCAGCUGCCUGAGUAUGGAGAACCAGACAUGGAUUGGAGAUGUCUUACUCCUAGAGGGGUUAAAGGUCACCCCACAGUCUUCCAUUCCUGUCUUCAUCAUCCUUUUGGCCGUCUACAUCUUCAUCAUGGUGUCCAACAUUGGCCUGACAGUUCUGAUUUCAGUGGAGAGAAGCCUUCACCAGCCCAUGUAUCUGCUGUCCUGCAAUCUAAACAUCAAUGAUGUCUUCGGUGCUACGGCCAUUUUACCUCGCUUGAUAAGUGACAUAUUUACAGAAAGUGCAGAGCGCUACAUUACUUACAUGGGGUGUGUACUCCAAGCAUAUUUCUUUCAUCUUCACAUAGGCACUUAUCUCUCGGUUCUAAUGAUAAUGGCUUUUGACCGUUACGUAGCUAUCUGCAACCCCAUGCAUUACUCAGAUAUAAUGACAAACAAGAUGGUGUUGAAGUUGAGUGUAUUUGCAUGGGGUGUCAUCAUAUUGCUAGUAGGCGUCCUUAUCGGUCUUACUGCCCGCCUGUCUCGCUGUAGGAGCACGAUAACAAAUCCAUUCUGUGACAAUGCAUCUCUGUUCAAACUCUCCUGUGAGAAUGUGGCGAUCAAUAAUAUUUACGGCCUUGGGUACACUGUUGUCCUACUAGGGUCCUCGCUUGGCAGCACACUGCUCACCUACCUAAAGAUUGCCAUGGUGUGCAUAACCAGUAACAACAGGGCGUUAAACAGCCGGGCCUUGCAGACCUGCUCCACGCACCUCACGGUGUACCUCAUCAUGAUGAUCUCAGGGUUCAGCUUUGUGGCUCUGCAUCGUUUCCCUGAGUUAUCAGAGCAGAGGAAAAUGGCCUCCAUUGUGAUCAUGUUGGUUCCCCCUGCUUUCAACACUGUCGUCUAUGGGCUGCAAAUAAAACAGAUAAGACACAAGAUCUUGGCCUUGUUUAAUCACAACUAA